CCUGAACGCAGCCCGGGCGUCGUCCGGUAAAAAUCUACUGACAAUCUGAACGGCUGGGUAAAUUUUACCCAAAGCAAUCUGAACGGUCAGAACGCGCUCGGGCGACACCCGACGUUCAAUCUGAACGCAGCCCUUGAUCUUGUACGUCAAACACCUUAUACAUAACCUAGCUUUUUUGUUGUUGUAUUGUGUUGUACAAUCAGGGCCAACCAAGAGUUCAAGGUAUUUUGAGUAUUUUGUGUGUUUUUUUCCAAAAAUUCAAAUAAAACUGUGGUUUUAAGGACUAUUGUGAAUAAAAAAAAAAUUCUCAUCCUCCUUGUAACAUUUCAAAUACCCAAAAAUGCAACACACACAAAAAUUUAUAAUCUACGCGGCGGGCAUCUUUGUAACCUACUUCUACUUUGGCAUCCUACAAGAAAAAGUAACCAGAGGCAAAUACAUCCUAGAAACUACAGACGCAGACGGCAUCAAAACCGAAACCACCCACAAAUUCACCUUCGCCCUAACAUUAGUCGCCACACAAUGUAUCAUAAAUUACAUUAUCGCGAAAAGCUGGCUGUUAAUUUGGCCUCAAGGCGAAGACAAAACCGCCAAGCUUUACUAUUCUAGCGUAUCUGUGACUUAUUUGCUGGCCAUGGUGGCCUCGAAUAUGGCACUGCAAUGGGUCCCGUAUCCUACUCAAGUGGUUGGGAAAUCGGCCAAACCCAUUCCAGUGCUGAUACUAGGAGUUUUGGUAGGCAAAAAAAGCUAUGCACUAAGGAAAUAUUUAUUUGUAUUUAUUAUUGUUAUGGGUAUUGUUAUGUUUAUGUUGAAAGAAAAUGCUGGUAAAGCCACACCUGAAAAUACUGGUUUGGGUGUAGGUGAGCUACUUUUGAUUUUGUCAUUGAUUAUGGAUGGAUUAACGGGAGCUAUUCAAGAGCGUAUUAGGGCAGAAUCUAAACCUUCUGGCUUACAAAUGAUGCUGCAACAAAAUGGCUGGUCCAGUUUAUACUUGAUUGCAGUUAUUUUAAUUUCUGGUGAAGUUUUCAAGUUUCUCGACUUUGCUAAAAACUUUCCCUACAUCUAUUUUAAUCUUUUGGCUAUUGGGAUUGCAUCUGCUAUUGGCCAACUAUUUUUAUUCUCUAUGGUUUCUGAUUUUGGCCCGCUGGUACUUUCUAUAGUGACUACAACCCGUAAAUUCUUUACUGUACUCGGAUCUGUGAUACUUUUUGGUAAUACGCUCUCUGGACGACAAUGGACGGGAGCCGUUUUGGUCUUUGUGGGUUUGUUUUUGGACGCUUUCUAUGGUAAAGCCCCACCAAAAAAGGACAUAGUUAAAUAAGACUGUAUGCUGCACAUUCCAAUCAAUAUUGGCUGUUGAAUAAAUCUCGUGUAAAUAUCUAUGAAACGAGAAAAUAUAAUCAGGGUCCUUAUUCUUGAAACAGGAGAGCAGCAUU